CUCUCUGCACUAAUGCCUGACCCCCAAAGCUGGGGCCCUGCUGCCAUUCCCCGCAGGCUGCCUGCUUAUAUUUGCUCUGUGUCUCUGGAGUGUAAUUCUGCCCCCUCUGCUUUUUUUUUAACAGCGCGAAUAUGAACAGUUAGAAAUCUAGGGAUGGAAGGGAUGAUAUUUUUCCUGCCUCAUGCGUGUUGCCUAAGCAGCAUUACAUAGAAAUGGCGCCAACUAAAGUGAGUCUGAGGGAGUGGGCUAACUUCUCCCCUGCUCUGUCUUGAGGAGUAGGGCUUGGUAUUAGCAGCUUUUCUAGCCUUACAGGCAGGGGCCUCCAGGAUCCAGGCUCAGGGAAAUGGAGCCCUCAGGGGUGCAGCCUGUGUGUGGCCCACUGUUUCACAGAGAGACUUUUGUUUUGUGACACAAUCUGAACUUGGAAGGAGGCUGGGGAAGAGCUUCUCCCCAGAACAGACUUUGGCGGGGGCAGAGCUCCCACGCUCCCUCAUCAGAAGCAGCAGUCUCCUCCUAGUCGAAUCAAGAAGGGCUUGGGUCCCACAGGAGGUGGAAGGUAUGGAGGGGAACUCACCAGUGGAGAAGAGAAGAGCUAUGAAGAAUGUGAAGCAGUACAGCAGGAGCACUAGUAGAAACAAGCUCUCUCUUGAGAGCACAUUGCCUGGCAGUGAUCUGUCCAAGGGAGUGGCAUUGGAGCCAGUAGGGCUGCGAGGGGAGCUAAGCAGAAGCCCUCACUCUGUUCUGGAGGGCAAAGUGAAGGCUCUGAAGGAGAAGAGAGUCACCAUGAAACAGGGAGGAGUACUAUCCCAGGAGCAUCUCUCUCCAAAGAAGACCAAAGUCAAGAAGGGGAAGCUCUUAUUGGGCCCAGCUGUUGUGGAGGGGGUCACUCCAGAUGCAGUGGUGGAGCCGCGGGCUCAGAUUCGCACCUACUUGACGGAUGUGGUGCUAGACAGUAGAGAUGAUGCAGACUGUGGCCAGCGUGCCAGGAGGGCCAUGCUCACAGGCCCUUGGGACAGCAACGUAGACUCUGUGAAAGGUCACAGGACAGUGGGAGAGCAUGUAGCCUUGAGCCAGAGUUCAGCUGAUGUGCUUUGGAGAUUUCCUACCCCAGGAAGCAACAUAAUGGAAAAUGCUGAGUACCCAGAAAGUGGAGGCAGUCGAGGUUCCCCAGAUGGGUUCUGGGAUGCAGGCUCAUCCAAGAAUGCUGUGUCCAGCAGCCAUAAAUCUUCCUUAAGAGAAAAUGGCAGACCUACCCUGCCAGCCUCCUGUGGAGAAGAGAUGACCCAGGCAACAGACUUUGAAAGCAUCCCAUUUGUGCUCAGAUAUGAUUCAUGUGGAGCAGCCUCCUCUGGACGGCUUUGGAGGGCAGACAGCUGGGACAGUAUUGGCAGCUCUGGGAGUACUGCCAGCGUGCUAUCUCUGGCUGAACGGGUGGAAAGGAACCGGAUGAUGUUGCAGGAGAUGCUGAGCCUGUCAGGACAGAGCCGUGGUCUGCAGGAGUCACGUACACUUCAUCGGCAUGAGGGGGAAGGUUCCUUACUAGCAAAGGAUGGACCUGGUCAUGAGCUGCUGGUGAGUGAUGUGGACUGGGACUCAGGUGUCUCCCUACAGGAUUCAGAAGGAUACAGGGCCUUUGUUUCCAGUCAGGAGCUUGAGCUGAGCCCCAGGCAUGAGCAGGCCAAGCAGCUGCUGCAGAGAGCCCGCAUGAAGGCCAGGACAAGCCCUCUCCGAGCCAGCCAUGACAUCCUUCCUGCUGUUACCCAGGACAGGCGGGAUGCUGGCAGAACCACUGCUCCAGACCUGAGGAAAAGCUUGACUCUGAAAGGUGGAGACACUCAUAUCAGUGGGAACCUAAGUGACUCCUCCAGCGGGGAGUCCAGUUGUGGACAGCGCAGAAAGCGAGGUCCUUCCCCAUCCCGGGUGCGUUUUGAGGAUGAGUCUGUCCGGGAUGCUGAGGUGCGCUACUUGGAGAGGUUGCAGCUGCGCCAGAAGCGGGUUCUGGAUUCAGUCCUUUUAUCCCUGGGCCAGAGCCCACUGGUCUCCAAACCAGACCUUUCUGAUUACAUCAACGGGGACUUUCAUCGCAAAGAGAAUGGGGUCAGCAAAGCCUUCAGAGAGCAGCAAGACCAUGGGCAGACUGCAGGGGCAUCUGCACACAUGGGAAGCCCUGAGAAGGCCACGCCUUCUGUGGUUAGCUCAGAGGGGAAGUGCACAGCCUGUGGCUCCUACCUUGGCAGCUCAACAACCAAUCUGGCUGUGGCCACUGAGGUCAACCGGACAGUUAAUGACUUGUCUGAGGGCAACAGCCUAACUCAGAAAAACAAAAAUAUUGGUAACUUGUCCGAAAGCAGGGAGCUGGGCACUUCCCAGCAGGAGCCCAAAGCCAGGACUUUGGGCCCCGGGGGGUCUCCAGUUUGGAUUCUUCCUUCCCGGCAACGUAUUAAUACGGAGAGAAUCAGGGAGACAUACAUUGGGGAUGUCACUUACAUAGAUGAUGUGGAUUCUGCUCUAGACAGUACUGACACUUCUGACAGCUGUAAGACUGACAGCGAAGAGGCUGGGCCAGGGAGCUCCCAGUCAGAGGGGUACUCGGAAACAAGAAGCCGCUGUCACAAUGGCCACAAAGCUUCUAGGGGAAAUGGCACUCCAGGGAAGGGAGCAAUAGGCAGGAAGGUAGAGCAGGGAAAAUGCAAGAUGGAUGGCAGUGGAGGGGGUGGUGCCUUGGAUGACUCACUUGGUUCUAGCAGAAUGGUGCUCAGGAAGGAUGCAAAUGGAGAUAGGACCCCCAGCUUGAAGGACUCCCUGGUGCUAAAAGAGAAUCCUGGGCUAAGGUCAAGACCCAAUGGGGUAGAAGCAUUUUCUAAAUGUGAACACCCCCGAGCUCCACCUCAGCUAGCUGGAAAGAACAGUGGCCAAGAGGAUGCAAUGUUUGCCCCAGCACAGCAAAGAAAGCUUCACCUUCCACCUCCCACACUGCAUCAGCCAUCAGCAUUGCCAGCACCCGAGGCAGAUGAUGAUCUCUCAGGAAACAGAGAAUCAGGGGAGAACUUAGCCCCCUCCCAUCCACCAACUGCCAGCAUAAGCCAAAGUAGCAGGAUAAGAGUCAAUCCCCAACAAACAAAGCAAGGGGUUCUUAAUUACAGCUUGGCAGCUCACAUCCCCACUCCCCCUUCCACAAAGAAAGCUUCCACCCCUAUGCCUUACAGGAAGGCUGUCUUGACAGGCAGCUACAGGUUGACAAACCAAGAAACUGGGUGCCUGGACCAGACCAAUAAACUAGUGACUUGUUCCACUUCCCCUCCCAGUAAUUUUCAGCACAAAUGUGAGUCCAUGCUGGAGGAGCAGAAGGACCAGCAGAAUCCAAAGGGGCUUUCUAAGAGCAAAUGUCAAGCCUUGUCUGCCAACAACUGCAACAACACACACGCCAAACAUCAGCAGAGUUGCUUGGAUGAGAGCCAUGGACAACAUGAGCUGAGCGACCAGAAAGUGUCUGGUUCUUUGGGAGAAACUAAAGGUUUGUCAUCAGGGGCUGAUCCCUCUGCUGCUCCCAGCACCAUUGGCUCAGCUGUCGUCACCUUCUCCCUGGCGUCCAAGGAGCUGGACUCUGCCCACACCACUCAGUUACCUGAUCAGAAAGCUGUAGGGCCCAGGUUGCAGAAGGCAAAGCAGCUUGUGGAAGGGAACAUAACACCAUGCAAACAGUUGGGUACCCAGCCAGAGACCAAGAAGUCAUCUUCCUCCACAGCAAGCAGGGAAGGGGGCAGCUCUUCUGCCUCAGGGCUGAAAAAGUUCUUCUCCGUUCUUAGCCAGAACACCAAGCAGAAGCUGGGCAGGUUCCGGUGCUACAGCAUGGAACAGCUCCCUCCCGAGGCUCCAGGCUCAGUUCAACCUCCAGAAGUCAGGUCAAAUGCCACUGAGUCUUCCAAAAUGAAGAAAUCUCCUUCCCUGCAGUCUUUGCGACUGAUGCCACCCUUCAGCCAACCGAGAAAAGCCUCAUCUGUGCAGAACCUCCAUUCUUUCUUGGGCAGGACAGACCGGUCCAAUGCUUACUUGGUGGUGGAGCCGGAGGAAGACAAAACAACUGAUAGGAAAGUGGGCAUUCUGCCCCGGCGUUCUCUCAGCGUGGAGGACAUUGGCACCCCUGACUUGGUACGAACUGUUGGUCGAGUUGUAGAAGUCUUCCCGGAUGGUACUAAUCAACUGGAGCUACAGCGCCCCCCGGGUGGCACCUUUGGGUUCCGUGUCUCCUCUGGGAAUGGCCGUCCUGACACAGGCAUCUACGUCCAGGAGAUGACAGACGCCAGCACAGCAAAGCUGUAUGCAGGACUCCUUGGCAUAGGGGAUGAGAUCCUAGAGGUGAAUGGUGCCACAGUCACUGGGCUUGGUUUGGCCCACAUCAACAAACUGUUAUUGCAGGCCAACACCCUGACCCUCAGAGUGCUGAAGCACAGACCCAUCAGGCGGUAGUGUGCAAGACUCAAGAGUCCUGUUGAUCAGCUCUCAGGAAGCACAGUGCUCCUUGACAUUUUGGUGUCUUCACUGAACAAGGAGGAAUCUGCAUAUAGGCGAUGUCCCUGCUGCUUAUUGGUGCCAUGCAAUGCUUGUAGAUGCCCAGUCCUUGCCAUGGGACCCAACUCCCACUACUAGGAGAUGCCUUUGCGACUUGAAAGAUAUGGCUGGUGUUCAGCCUUACCUCCUGAGCUAUGCUCCGUCUGCAUGUGUUGUACCUUUCUGUUCUAAAUAUUUAACUUAUGUGAAGUGUGACAGACAACAUGGAUCCCUAUCCAUGGCCAAGAGACUGAGGACUACCUGUUCCAUAUCUCUGUGGAGCAGCUGGUGCAUGGUGCAGCCUAAGGCUAUCUCUAGCUCCUAGGAAAUAUGAGAAGUGCCCUGCAGGCUGUGUGAGUGUGCCUGACUUAUCUCUGCAGAGAAUUAACAGCAGGGGUGCUGUACCCCAGACUGCUGGGCAGCAGUCAGCAACUGAGCUGUUUCUGUGCAAUAUUUUGCUCCCCAGCACUGGGGAGCUGGUGGGUUUGAUUUCUUCCCUCUGUCCACACAACAAUGGACACAUUUGGGGGAAGGAUUGAGACCUGGUGUCUCAACGCCUGUGGUUUCCAGUGGCUAGCCAGCAGGGGGUGCUGUUUGACCAGUUUAUUCUUCAGACUCCAUUUUGCUGGACACUGGGUAGCACCUGCUGCUGGUGUUUUCAGCCAGGAAGAGCUAGGCCAUCAGCUGUGCAGUGAGAGCUGCCAUGCCUCUCAUCACAUUUGUGUCUGUGAUCAGGUUGCAGCUACUCCAUCAUGGAACCUCCUAUCAAAGAGCCCCAAAUCUUUCUUGUGGACCAGCUUAAGUUGAGACGAAGGCCCAUUGUAUUCCUGGGCUAACUCACACUGGACAAAUAAAGGGCAUGGCAUGGUACCUUUCUGGCCCAGCCCAACUUAUCUAAAUGGCAAAUGACUGUUUAAACAGCAUUGGAGACCUCUAUACUUGAUCAAUGGGUUUCAUUUAAAUUAUUAAAACUUUCUGAUGAAAA